GAGUGAGCCACAUUCAAUAAAACGAGUGGCGCUGCAGAGAGUAGCCAGACAAGAGCUACAACAGGGAUAUCGGCAGAGCUGCGCUGUGGUGCGACUGACGUAGAGAAUAAGAACGGGCUUCUGCUGCAGACUGGGGGAAAUAAGUGGAACAUCUUAGCACGGCGGCUCUGGGGGUCGUUUUAAUUUCUGUCGUUUUUUUUUAAAAUUGGUACAUGACAAUUAAGCAGGAAUUGCAACUGUGAGAGCGGGACAUUAUUUUUUUCCGCUUUUUAAGGGGUUGUUCAGUCGGUCAUUUUUUAGUUUGUUUCGUCGGGAGUUCAAUUUAUGUGAGCCCGUCCUGUUUAAUUUGUGUUGCUUUCUCUGAAGGAAAAGGACUGCAUUUUUUAAGAGAGUGGAGGUCGUUAAAAACAAAGACAAACUGUCUUGAGAAAAAAGACGAAAAUCAACCAUGGAGAACGCUCACACAAAGACUGUGGACGAAGUUUAUAACAAUUUCAAUGUGAAUGAAAGCACGGGGCUGAGCCUGGACCAGGUGAAAAAGCUAAGAGAGAAAUGGGGACCGAAUGAGUUACCAGCAGAGGAAGGAAAAUCUGUGUGGGAACUCGUACGUGAACAGUUUGAAGACUUAUUAGUCAGAAUUCUCCUGUUGGCAGCGUGUAUAUCUUUUGUAUUGGCCUGGUUUGAGGAGGGGGAAGAAACGAUCACAGCCUUCGUGGAGCCUUUCGUAAUCUUACUUAUUCUAAUAGCCAAUGCCAUCGUAGGUGUGUGGCAGGAAAGAAAUGCUGAAAAUGCUAUUGAAGCUCUCAAAGAAUAUGAGCCCGAGAUGGGUAAGGUUUACCGGCAGGACAGGAAAAGUGUCCAGAGGAUCAAAGCCAAAGAUCUUGUCCCUGGAGAUAUUGUGGAAGUAGCCGUGGGAGACAAGGUUCCUGCUGAUAUUAGACUGUCUUCAAUCAAAUCCACAACCUUGAGGGUGGACCAAUCUAUCUUGACAGGUGAGUCUGUAUCUGUCAUCAAGCACACUGACCCAGUGCCUGACCCCCGUGCUGUGAACCAGGACAAAAAGAACAUGCUUUUCUGUGGUACCAACAUUGCCGCUGGCAAAGCAGUGGGUGUGGUGAUUGCCACCGGUAUUAACACAGAGAUCGGUAAGAUCCGUGAUGAGAUGGCGGCAACGGAGCAGGAGAGGACUCCCCUGCAGCAGAAGCUGGACGAGUUCGGAGAGCAGCUGUCCAAAGUGAUCACUCUUAUCUGCAUUGCUGUCUGGAUCAUCAACAUAGGGCACUUCAACGACCCCGUACACGGGGGCUCCUGGAUCCGCGGCGCCGUCUACUACUUCAAGAUUGCCGUGGCCCUGGCUGUGGCUGCCAUCCCCGAGGGGCUGCCCGCCGUCAUCACCACCUGCCUGGCCCUGGGCACCCGCAGGAUGGCCAAGAAGAAUGCCAUCGUCCGGAGCCUGCCCUCUGUUGAGACCCUGGGCUGCACCUCUGUCAUCUGCUCUGACAAGACCGGCACACUCACCACCAACCAGAUGUCUGUCUGCAAGAUGUUCAUUAUUGACAAAGCUGAGGGAGACAGCUGCAAACUGAAUGAGUUCAAUAUCACUGGCUCUACAUAUGCACCUGAAGGAGAAGUGUUUAAAGAUGGAAAAUAUGUCAAAAGCUCCCAGUACGAUGGCCUGGUGGAACUGGCAACCAUCUGUGCGUUGUGCAAUGAUUCCUCUCUGGAUUACAAUGAGACGAAGGGAGUGUUUGAAAAGGUUGGAGAAUCCACUGAGACUGCCCUCACCUGUUUGGUGGAGAAGAUGAAUGUGUUCGAUACAGAACUGAAGGGACUGUCCAAGGUUGAACGUGCCAACGCCUGCAACUCUGUAAGUAACCAGCUGAUGAAGAAGGAGUUCACCUUGGAGUUCUCCCGUGACAGGAAGUCCAUGUCUGUCUUCUGCACCCCGAACAAGGCCCGCACCACCACCACCAUGCAGAAGAUGUUUGUCAAGGGAGCCCCAGAGGGGGUGAUUGAAAGAUGCACACACAUCAGAGUUGGAGGCAGUAAGGUUCCCCUGACACCUGGCAUUAAAGAGAAGAUCAUGACUGUGAUCAAGGAGUGGGGUACCGGCAGAGACACGCUGCGUUGCCUGGCUCUCGCGACCCGAGACAAUCCACCAAGGAAAGAGGAUCUUGUGCUGGAGGACUGUACACGCUUCGCUGGGUACGAGAGUGACCUGACCUUUGUGGGUUGUGUGGGUAUGCUGGAUCCCCCGAGAACAGAGGUCGCUGCCUCCAUUAAGCUGUGCAGACUGGCUGGCAUCCGCGUCAUCAUGAUCACAGGAGACAACAAGGGUACAGCUGUGGCAAUCUGCAGGCGCAUCGGCAUCUUCGGAGAGGAUGAAGAUGUGUGUGACAAGGCGUUUACAGGCCGAGAGUUUGACGAUCUCUCCCCGAGUGCGCAGGCAGAAGCAGUCAAGAACGCACGCUGCUUUGCCCGAGUCGAGCCCUCGCACAAGUCCAAGAUUGUAGAAUUCCUGCAGUCUUUCGAUGAGAUCACUGCCAUGACUGGCGAUGGUGUGAAUGAUGCCCCUGCCCUGAAGAAGGCUGAGAUCGGUAUUGCAAUGGGCUCAGGCACAGCUGUGGCAAAGUCCGCUUCGGAGAUGGUUCUGGCAGAUGACAACUUUUCCACCAUUGUAGCUGCAGUGGAGGAGGGCCGUGCCAUCUAUAACAACAUGAAGCAAUUCAUCCGCUACCUCAUCUCCUCCAAUGUGGGAGAGGUUGUCUGUAUUUUUCUCACUGCUGCUCUGGGUUUCCCUGAGGCCCUGAUCCCUGUUCAGCUGCUUUGGGUAAACCUGGUCACUGAUGGCCUGCCGGCCACAGCCCUGGGCUUCAACCCCCCUGACCUGGACAUCAUGGACAAGCCUCCCCGCAACGCCCGUGAGCCCCUCAUCAGCGGCUGGCUCUUCUUUAGAUACAUGGCCAUUGGAUGUUAUGUGGGAGCUGCUACAGUCGGUGCUGCAGCCUGGUGGUUUAUUGCUGCUGAAGAUGGACCCCGAGUCACCUUUUACCAGCUGAGCCACUUCUUGCAGUGCAGUCCUGACAAUCCAGAUUUCCAAGAUGUAGAGUGUGAAAUCUUUGAGUCUCCCUACCCAAUGACCAUGGCUCUGUCUGUGCUGGUGACCAUUGAGAUGUGCAAUGCACUGAACAGCUUGUCUGAGAACCAGUCCUUGAUCAGGAUGCCUCCUUGGGAGAAUGUUUGGCUUCUGGGAUCCAUCUGCCUGUCAAUGUCCCUGCAUUUCCUUAUCCUCCAUGUCGAGCCACUGCCGAUCAUUUUCCAGAUCACCCCGUUAAACGUCCUUCAGUGGAUGAUGGUGCUAAAGAUCUCUCUCCCAGUAAUCCUCCUGGACGAACUGCUCAAAUUCACUGCCCGCAGCUAUCUGGAGCCUGGUAAAGAGUUUGACAAGCCCGUGGGCGGGAAGUGUGGUUUCUCCGCAUGCACAGAGGGGAUCUCGUGGCCGUUUGUGCUGGUCUCUGCACCCUUGAUAGUCUGGCUCUACAGUACAGACACUAACAUUGCCAUGUUCUGGUCUUGACUGACAGAUUGGUUUGGGUAAAUAAAAAGAAAACAUUACUAAAAAGAAAAGUAACGACCAUUAACUUGUAAGUGUACCCAAAGUUGUACCGUUUUAAACAGCUGUCUGAAUCAUCUGCUGUUUUUUUUUUUUUUUUUUUUUUUAAGCAUCAGUUGUCAAGGUGUGUUUUUUCACAUGGUGUGUGGUUUUUUGUUUGUUUUUUUUCCGUAACUCCCAUUUAAAAAGAAAAAAGGGAAGGUUUUUUCCCCCCCAAACGACAAUAAAGAAAUGUCCAUUGACAUGUACAGAGAUUUAACACUAUGUUAUGCAAAUAUUGUUUUUGUAGAUUUUGAAAGAAGAAAAAAGCAUGUACAGCAUUCUGUUUUAUCAUAUUUUGUGUUGUACAAAUUCAGGAGCCAAUGGACAUUUGUGCUGGUUAGAGGUUAAUUUGCAAGAACGUUUUUAAAAGUGAAUGUUGUCUUCUGGUGACUAAACAAAACUGCAUGUACUGUGUUCCUGCAUGAACUGGUGGGGUUUCCUCUUCAUUUCGACCUUUUCCAUGCUUGUUUUAUUUUAUCUGUUUUGUCUUGUAUUUCAAAACCAGUUUUUCUGCAUCAGGCAGAGCACAGCUACCUCAAUCAAUAUUUCUUUAGUCUGUACCCUACUGUGUUUAAUCUCAUGUUUACAUCCCCAGUGAUGUUUUGAGGUAAGCCCAUACUUGCUUGUGCAGAAAAAAUGUCCUCCCCAUUGAUUGAACAAGUUUGUUUUUUUUCCCCAGAUAAUUUUAA